CCAAAACCAACCACUGUUGCAUUUGAGUCGAAAGCUGAGAGUGAUUCUCAAAUUAGGGUUCCAAGAAAUCAAGAAGAAGAAGAAGAUGUCGUAUCUGUUGCCUCACUUGCACUCCGGCUGGGCCGUCGAUCAAGCAAUCCUCGCCGAUGAAGAGCGUCUCGUCAUUAUCCGAUUCGGUCACGAUUGGGACGAAACUUGCAUGCAGAUGGAUGAGGUGUUGGCGUCGGUGGCGGAGACGAUAAAGAACUUCGCGGUGAUAUACCUGGUGGACAUAACGGAGGUGCCGGAUUUCAACACCAUGUACGAGCUCUACGAUCCUUCAACGGUCAUGUUCUUCUUCAGGAACAAGCACAUCAUGAUCGAUCUUGGCACUGGCAACAACAACAAGAUCAAUUGGGCUCUCAAGGACAAGCAGGAGUUCAUCGACAUCGUCGAGACCGUUUACCGCGGCGCGAGGAAGGGUCGCGGUCUUGUCAUUGCUCCCAAAGAUUACUCCACCAAAUACCGCUACUGAUUCAUGGGGAUCUGUAAAGUAAACAAACGAAUUAUUCUGCCAUGUUACUUAUAUGUGGUGGUUGUGUGAUUGAUCGUUCUGAUAUGCACUCUAAACCCUUUGAAAAAAUAUGUCUAAUUUAAAAUUUAAAGUAAAAAUAUAUUUGUCUGCUUUAAAUCUGUUUUUAUAAUUAUGUAAAUCACCCACUACCACUCUCUUUCAUUUACAUUUUGUUUCUAUAACAAUGUCAUGUACAUUAUAGUAUUUUUUUCUUGUGGCUGCUAUGUAGUUAUAAAUAGAUCGUUGCAGAAAAGCGAAAUACACAGAAUAUAGUUACCAAUUUGCAUUUAUCUUAUAAAAAAUAUUAUGUUCCUAAAAUAUUGGAGCAUUGGUGUUCAUGGGUAUGGAAAUCUGUCUCCCCACAAGAUUGUUUCAGCAAAAAAGAACAUUAUGUUGUUUUAAAACGCAUUAUAAAGACAGUUCAUUGCCUCUUCAUCCUAGGCUACGAUAAACUCUUUCCUUCCAUUAUAUUUAUUUUUAUGUUGGUAAUUAUAAACAUUGUUUGUGUUUUAAUUCUAAUGAAAUAUAUCACUGUUCAGAGUUACUAGUCUCUACUUUUCUAUUAUUAGACUUUUAUCUAACAAACCCAAUUCUUUUGUCUGGCUUGGCUAACAUGUCAUUUGAUUGAACUUCCACCUUAAUGAUGUGAGAUUACUCUUGUCAUUUUCUGAAUAGUGUUGUUUCAAUAAUUAUUUGGUCUUGAAUGAGUGUUUGUUUUCACAUUGAAUUAUCUAGAAUAACGUUUUUUAGGUGCUUAGUUUUCUGUAGAGGAAUUGAUUCUGAAUUUAGAUUGGAUAUAGUUUUUGCAUUCUAUAGUUUAAUCAGGGUUGUUGAUAUGUUGAAUUCAACUUUUGGGCUUAUAAUAGGCACACGAGGAAGUGUGCAGAAAGCCUACAAUUAUAGCAACUAGAAGUCAAGUGGUAUUUGGUUUACAUCCCUGGAUUUUGAAAACCAAUUGAAACACAAUCCAAUUAUAAGCAAAACUACAGGCUUGGAUCUGGAAAAAUGGGAACUUUAGCUUGCAAACUGUAACAAUAAACUUUUCAUCGAGUAAUAAUUGACUUUUUCCCCCAAACACAAUAUACUUUUAUAUGUCAGUGUUAAGGGUAGAUGACACCAGAAGUUGAUAAAUGUCUGUCCAAUGUCACUCACAGUGUUUAGUUAUGUACUCGCCUCUGCCCCUACUUGAAAAAUAGUGAAGGACCUGUAAUGAAAUUUAUCUCCCAAUCGCAUUUGUCAAUAUUGGGACCCUGUGAAUGCAAUUUCUAUAGCAGCUUUAUCUUUA